AUGCCUAGCCGUCAAGCGGCGGCGGUUGAGGCGUCCACCUCGACGCCUCGCGCCACCUCUCGCGUGCCUGCGCGUUGUCGCACCUCUUCUUUAGUUUGCAAAGCUAGUAAUAGUGCCAAUCGAGAAGUCACAUUAUUGGACUAUGGCGCCGGAAAUGUACGCAGCGUGCGAAAUGCCAUCAAGAAGCUUGGCUACACCAUCCGCGACGUUGAGAAGCCCUCUGAUCUGGCCUCCGCCGACAAGUUGGUGUUCCCUGGUGUUGGCAGCUUCGGACAGGCCAUGAAAAUUCUCACAAAGAAGGGCCUCGUAGGGCCCCUCAAGGAUUACAUUGCGUCCGGUCGGCCGUUUCUUGGGAUAUGCCUGGGUCUUCAGCUGCUGUUCGAGGGCAGUGAGGAGAGCGGCGGCUGCGAGGGACUGGGGGUAAUCCCAGGGGCCGUAACCCAGUUCGACACGCGCCUGGGACUGCCCGUGCCGCACAUCGGCUGGAACAACAUCGCGCCGACCCGCGGGUCGGCACUGCUGGACGGAGUGGGAGAUCGCCGGGUGUACUACGUGCAUUCGUACAGGUCGGCCACGCCCUCCCCCGCCAACUCAGAGUGGGUCCUCGCCACCACGCAGUACGGCGGGGAGUUUGUGGCGGCGGUGAACCGUGGGUCGGUCUCCGCGGUUCAGUUUCACCCGGAGAAGAGCGGCGCCACGGGGCUGGAUAUUUUGGCGGGUUUUCUUCACCCCAAGGAAGCGGUGGCGGCGAGGCAGGCAGCGAAGGAAGCGGCCUCCUCCCCCGCCUCCCCUCCAUCGGGCCCUUCUGGCCUGGCCAGACGUGUCAUUGCGUGUUUGGAUGUGCGAUCUAACGACCAGGGGGACUUGGUGGUCACCAAGGGCGACCAGUACGACGUACGGGAGAAGGAUGGUGGGCGCGAUGUGCGCAACCUGGGCAAGCCCGUUGACUUGGCGGCGAGGUACUUCGAGGAGGGGGCGGAUGAGGUGGCGUUCCUCAACAUCACUGGAUUCAGGGACUGUGUGAUGGAGGACACCCCCAUGUUGGAAGUAUUGCGGAGGGCUUCGGAGCGGGUGUUCGUACCGUUGACGGCGGGCGGGGGCGGGCGGGAGGGGGGGGAAAAGGGGGGGAGGGGGGAGCGGCGAUCCAGGCACCAGACGGCGGAGUCCGGGGCGGACAAGGUGUCCAUUGGCAGUGAUGCGGUGGAUGCGGCCCAGGCAUAUUACGUACGUGGCGGCGUCGCAGACGGUAGUACGGCAAUUGAGCAGAUCAGCGCGGUGUACGGCAAGCAGGCCGUCGUCGUGUCCAUCGACCCCCGCCGUGUGUACGUCACCGACCCAGCUGCCGUACCCCACACCACCGUCCGUACAGCCAAGGCCGGACCUCAUGGCGAGCAGUACUGCUGGUGGCAGUGCACUGUUAAGGGCGGGCGCGAGGGUCGCGACAUUGGCGCUGUGGAGCUUGCGAAGGCUGUGGAGGCCCUUGGGGCCGGGGAAAUCCUGCUUAACUGCAUUGAUAAUGACGGAGUGGGCAAGGGUUUCGAUCUGGAGUUGGUUGACGCGGUAUCCCGGGCGGUGACCAUCCCCGUCAUCGCCUCCUCGGGGGCCGGCUGCCCACAGCACUUCUCAGAGGUGUUCCACUCGACGGGUGCCGCUGCUGCUCUGGCUGCCGGCAUCUUCCACCGGCGGGAGGUGGGCAUUGCCGAGGUGAAGCUGCACCUAAGAGAACAGAACAUACCCGCAAGACUGUGA